GUUUUUGGCGGGAAAGGCCGCGUUUGACAAGGCGGCGCUGUCACAUCUCGUGCUUAAACAACAAACAGACACCGUUAUCAACAAUGAGUCUCUGGGUUGACAAAUAUCGACCAACGUCUUUAAGUAAAGUCGACUUCCACAAGGAGCAAGCGAUUCAGCUCAAAAAUCUGGUGCAAGGUGGAGACUUCCCUCACCUGUUGGUGUACGGACCAUCGGGUGCCGGCAAAAAGACACGCAUCAUGUGCCUCCUACGUGAGCUAUAUGGAGCCGGUGUCGAGAAGUUACGCAUCGAGCAUCAAACAGUCACGACUCCUUCAAAAAAGAAGAUUGAAAUAAGCACCAUAGCAAGCAACUAUCACAUUGAAGUCACCCCAAGUGAUGCAGGAAACAGUGAUCGUGUUGUGGUCCAGGAGCUGAUCAAAACGGUGGCGCAAUCUCAGCAACUUGAAUCUGGAACCCAAAGAGACUUCAAGGUUGUGCUACUGUCGGAGGUUGACCGGCUCUCAAAGGAUGCCCAGCAUGCACUGCGUCGCACCAUGGAAAAGUACAUGUCGACCUGCCGCCUCAUCCUCGUGUGCAACUCAACAUCCAAGGUCAUCGCACCCAUCAGGAGCCGCUGCCUGGGCUUGCGGGUACCGGCGCCCACCGUCGAUGAGGUGUGCCAGGUGCUGGCGAUUGUGUGCAAGAAGGAGGGGCUCUCCCUGCCACCAGAACUAGCUCGCAGGAUUGCUGAGAAAUCCAACCGCAACCUGCGCAAAGCCUUACUCAUGUGCGAGGCCUGCAAAGUGCAGCAGUACCCAUUCUCAGCGGAGCAAGAGAUCCCAGAAACCGACUGGGAGGUUUACCUACGCGAGACAGCUACUGCCAUUAUCAACCAGCAGUCGCCCCAAAGGCUGCUGGAGGUGAGAGGGCGGAUUUAUGAGUUACUCACUCACUGCAUUCCUCCAGAAGUCAUUGUGAAGGGCCUUCUCACGGAGCUGCUCAGUAACUGUGAUGGACAGCUCAAGGCGGAUGUGACACAGAUGGCAGCGUUCUACGAGCACCGACUGCAGCUCGGCAGCAAGGCCAUCUACCACCUGGAAGCCUUCGUGGCACGCUUCAUGGCUCUGUACAAGCGUUUCAUGGAGGACGGCAUGGAUGGAAUUGCCUUUUGAGAAGAGAGAAAGCAAACGAGCAACCUUGCCACUGCCCUCACAGCACCCUCCUCUCCUCAGCCACCACCCGCACACAUGGUUGUUGAGACUUGUCACGAGUGACAGGUGGACAGAGGGUACAUUAAAAAAAAAGAGGUAAAUGAAAAAGGUCACGUACCUGCAGUGAUUGACGGGGGGGAGGGGGGUGACACGGGCGAGCUGACGCUGAGUGAGUGAGGGCUCUUUAAGAAAAUGCAGUGGAAAUGGCAGCGAUGGUUGCUGACGGCACAUUCACACACCAGCACGACAUGCGGGUGCACUUGCAAAUGGAAAUCGCCCCGCGUUUCUUAGCAAAGUUGGGAGUGCAACUCAAAAAACGAACGUACAAAACUGUGGAUUAACUGCCAGGCAGGAAUGAGACGGAAGGAUGUGGGGUUGAUUUUCAUUGCUUACCGUUGACAAAUGGCUUUCUCAGCCGAGUCGUACACAUUUCAGGGAUUGGUAAUGCACACUAGUUGAGUUUCUCUAUUGGCAUGACUACUAGGAUCACCUUGGAUACCUUCUAUAAGAAUCCUGUAUUUCUUACACCUGUUUAAUGGACCUCCUGCCAGUUAAAAUGGCAUGUGAGCAACAGUUUGAGAAUUUCCACAUGCAUCGCUUUGACCUGUUUUUGAGCUUUUGGAAGUUUUAAAAAUAUCUAACAAAAGUAAAACUGUCAACGCAUAUGCAAGGCAUGUUGGCAUGUCAUGUAUUUCACAGUAUUUCUACACGUGUGACAAAUUGCUGAAGCCUCUGUUUAAAGAAAGUACCAUGGUAUUUGAAAGUCUCGUGGUGGAACAGACGAUGCUCAACAGUAAUAUCCAACAUCUGCUCUAACUUCAGUUGCAAUGUUUCUGAUAGCAUGGGUUUUCAGUAGUAGAAGACAAAUAUUUGCCUUGCAGGCAAACAGUUGAAUGUGUGCUUUGUAUCAUAAGGUAUUUUUGUUGUGAAACCUGUAAUAAAGGUGUUUAACGCUGAAA